AGGGAAGUUAGGGGCCCCAGAGGCUCCUGCCCUCGCCAGCAGGAUCUGCCCGAGCUGCCAGGGCUGGACGCUGCCCGCUGCCCUUCCACGGUCCCCACACGCACGCCACACCCAGCUCCUCCCGCCAUCGCUCUUCCUGAACCGAACCCAGAGCUGUGCCGGGCUGGAGAGGCCCAGGCGCCACCGUCAGCCCGGGGUGGGGAGCGGUCCUCACAGAGCGGGCACCACAGCCCCAGGCUGCGCUGAGGAGCGGUGACGGGAAGUGCCAGGCCAGGGUUGGGCAGGAGCGAGGCCGCGGGGCCUGGGGAGAUUGAGACAGAGUGGACUUGACAGAUGAGGAACUUGAGGCACAUGACUCGCCCAGGCCACCUGGGCCGCUGGGCAGGGCCAGUUUGCCUACCUCGGACCAGUCUCCCGUGCCCGUCUCAUGGCAAAUGAUGAUGCUGUCCCAUCAGGUGCCUUUUACCUCUAUGCGGGCUUGGGGCUGGGGGCGCUCCUGGCUGUGGCUGUGGCUGUUCUGUCCGCCUGUCUGUGUCGGCUCCAUCGGAGAGUGAGGAAGCUGGAGAGGAGCUGGCCUGUGUGCCCGGCCCAGGCCCAGGCCCAGCUCCCGGAGCAGGAGGAGCUCCACUACGCAUCUCUGCAGCGACUGCCCUGCAGGGAGCCGCCUGGCCAUGGCCACCGGGAAAGGGAAGGCCCCCCGCAGGACCCCGGCACCGACUACACCUUCAUUGCUGACCAGAAGCCCACCUGAGCACCCGCCCCCGCCCCGGUGCAUCCUGUGGCUCCCCCAGUAAACACCUUGGUCUCAAA